AUGCUACACCCUGUGUACAAGCUUGGCGGCAAGCAUCCGGACUUUCGGUUGCCGUGCCAAAGACUCAGCAGGCAAAGCUGGAGGUGUCGAUGCCCUGAAAGAUGGCUUGCCAACCGAUGUGGUGUUGACUACGGUUCAGCCGCAAGCACAGUCCAAGCUGGUGGCACCUUGACCGGCUACGGACACUAUGGGUGGAGCAGAAACGGCUUACUUUCUCUGCGCCAGCCACGGAGGAACUGGCAAGUGAGCGCCAGGAGGAUCGCCCUGAGAUCACGGCGCGAGUCAGCGGAUGCAAAGGCCAAGCUGCUUGGUUAUUUCGGCUGCUUUGCUGGUUCUGGCAACCUGGAGGAUGUAGUGGCGCAGAUUGGCCACCUGGAAGGCUUGAAAGUGCAAGCUCCUGGAGACCUUGUGCCUGGUCACUGGACGCUGAUAGGAGACACCGAAGGCUCCCGUCCUCCGGCAUUGGUCGCCGCCUGCUUCGGAGCGUCGUUGCAAGGCCAAGCCCUACGUUCAGUCUGCCUGAACAUCUCCAAAAACCUCGAGCUGAAGUGUCAGGCAGAUGUCGGCGACGCAGCAGGCAACGCAAAGACUUGGACCGCGCGCAUGCCUCUGCAAUUGGAUCUCCGAACUUUAUCCGCAAAUUCUACGCGGGUAACUGUUAGCUAUGUGGAUGAUGACUUUCUGGUGCUGCGGGAGAAUGACCCAUUCAGUUUUUUGGAAGGAAGGCUGCAGCGGUUCUACGUGAAACGAGAGGUCUACCUCCGAACGAGCUCCAGGCAACGCUUCUGGCGUGGCUUCUCGGGACUGCGAGAUAUGCUGCCACAGGUGCCACUCUGGCUGCUUUCUGCACUUCGCGGCCUCGGCGUGUUCGAGUCGACGACCAACCCACCACGGUAUGGCGAGUAUCAUUUCGUCCCAAAGGUUGAGAGCUUCACGGUCCUUUUCGACCCAGAACUUCUGCGAGAACCGGUGGCUGUCGUCCAGCUUGAUGGUCUGGAUGACACAGGGUUGCUCCUGUCCUUGCUGCAGUAUGUCACGCUUCAAUACACUCCGGCAGCAAGUCCGGCAAGUGCAAGCGCCAUGAGUGCCUCUGGCCUGGAGAUGCGAGCCUCAAUGUAUACUGGUAUGCUGUACAGUGGCUUGUUCUGGCCCGCGUCUUUCUUAGCAGCUUGCGCUGUUCUUCGGGCACUAGCCAAGAGGGCCACUGGCCGACCCAUCAGAGAUGUGCAUGUCGUGGAACUAGCGAGUGGGACAGGCCUGCCCUCUCUUGCCGCCCAUCGCUGCUCGGCCCGCGUCACGUGCACGGAUGUCUCACUCCUGGCACAUCGGCUCGUCCUCACGGCCGCGCAGAUGCAGCCUGGUGGUGAGAUUUCGACGCGAGUGUUCGACAUAUUGUUGGAUUCUCCAGAGCGUCUGCUAGAGAUGAAGCCAGACAUUGUUGUGGCGUCAGACUCGUUUUACGAAGAAGCACUUGCCGAAGCUCUUGGGAGGCAUCUCGGCACGGCUGCCAGGAGCGGAGCCACGGUCAUCGCCACAGACCCAUGGCGCAUGGAAGGGCGAGGCCAGACAAUCUUCCUAGACAGCUUUUGGAAAGCCAUGGCGCCAGCUGCGCAGCCAUCACAAGCCUCACAAGCCUCACAAGCCCACUUCGAGAAGCAGUGCAUCCCUGACCGUAUCUUGGAUCGGGGCUUGAACGCCAUGAAGUACGGUGGCCAAGUGGAUCGAUCCGUCGGUGUUUUCGAGUUCUAUGCGCAAAGCGAGAAUCAAGGCAAAUCAAUUGUCCUCUUCGCAAACGGCGACAAGUACAUAGGUGGUCUGCAAGCAGGGCGAAAGGAGGGCGACGGCAUGUACGUCUACGCAGAUGGCUCUGCGUACAAAGGCCCAUGGUCCGCAGAUUCUAUGGAUGGCGAGCCGCAUCCAGGUGGACACGAGGCCGAGUCCGAGCAGACUCGACGACUUCAUGACUUGAACACCAAGAACUCGGAGGCGGUGCAAAGCAUGAAGGCAAAGCUCCCAGGCGAACGCAAGCAGGCACCCACGGUGGCAAGAAUACAAGAUUAG